AUGGUUAUUAUCCCUACAAUAGGUGGCAACAUCCUGGUAAUCUUGGCAAUAUCACUGGAGAAGAAACUACAAAAUGCCACUAACUACUUUCUUAUGUCACUGGCUGUGGCAGACCUGCUGGUUGGAAUAUUUGUGAUGCCUAUCGCACUGCUCACCAUUAUGUUCAAACCUGCCUGGCCUCUGCCGCAGUGCUUGUGUGCCAUUUGGCUAUUUUUAGAUGUCCUGUUUUCCACGGCAUCAAUUAUACACCUUUGCGCUAUAUCUUUGGACAGGUAUAUUGCCAUCAAAAAACCUAUCCAAGCCAGUCAAUUCAACACCAGAGCAAAAACGCUUGUAAAAAUUGCAGUGGUGUGGUUGAUAUCAGCAGGCAUUGCUGUCCCUAUCCCAAUCAAAGGUCUCAUUGACCCCAACACCAUCUUCAACCCAAACAACACAUGCCUUGUUCGGACUGACCACUUCAAGUAUUUCAUAAUUUAUGGAUCCAUGGCUGCAUUUUUUAUCCCAUUUGCAAUUAUGGUAGUCAUUUACUUUCUGACCAUUCACUUACUGAGAAAGAAAGCAUAUCUAAUCAAGAACAAACCCCCACAGCGCUUAACCUGGUCCACAGUAUCCACCGUCUUUCAGAGAGAUAUUACUCCCGGUUCUUCUCCAGAAAAAGUUGCUAUAAGAAGGCUAUCCAGUGUGGGUAAGAAAUCUAUGCAGACCAUUAGCAAUGAACAAAGAGCAUCUAAGGUCUUGGGCAUAGUCUUUUUCUUGUUUGUUUUUAUGUGGUGCCCUUUCUUCAUUACCAAUGUGGCCUCAGUCCUCUGUGACCCAAAUGACUGUGACCCCAAUGUAAUCAAGAUGCUAAUGGAAAUAUUUGUCUGGGUUGGGUAUAUUUCUUCUGGGGUCAACCCAUUAGUCUACACUCUAUUUAACAAGACUUUCAGAGAUGCCUUUGGGCGCUACAUCACUUGCAAUUUCCGUGGUAUGCACUCAGUAAAACUCCUACGGAACUGCUCUAGUCGGAUAUCGUUCCGGAACUCCGUGGCAGAAAAUUCAAAGCUCAUCAUGAAACAUGGAAUGAAAAAUGGGAUAAACCCAGUCAUAUAUCAAAGUCCACUAAGAUUACGUAACUCACAGCUCGAGUCAUCUGCCAUUUUGCUUGAUACCUUAUUGCUCACUGAAAAUGAAGCUGGAAAGACUGAGGAGCAAGUGAGCUAUGUGUAA